AUGGCGGAAAAGCACAAAGCAAACCCCUCGCGCAGGCUGGGGAGCAGCAAGCAGCAACAGCAGCAGCGGCAGCAGCAGCCCAAGCAGCAGCAGCAGCGCCACAAGCAGCAGCAGCAGCAGCAGCAGCAGCAGCAGCAGCAGCAGAAGGGGCCCCACAGCAGGCCCUACUACACUCCCGUGGCUGUUCCUGCUGGCUACAAAAGCAGCAGAUUAAUAAUUAGGAAUUUGCCCCCGUUUUUGACGGAAGAGGCGCUGCGGGAGCACGUUGCUGCUGCUGCUGCUGCCUGCAGCAGCAGCAGCAGCAGCAGCAGCAGCAGCAGCAUCACCUACUGCGCCAUCAAGAGAAAUAAAGAAGGCAAAAGCCGCGGAAUUGCUUUUGUGGGGUUGGAGACAGAAGCUGCUGCUGCUGCGCUGCUGCAGCAGCUGCGGGGGACUUACGUGUACACCCGAAAGAUAGAAGUAGACUUUGCGCUGCCUCGCGCGUUUGUUGCUGCUGCUGCUGCUGCUCCUGCUGCUGCUGCUGCUGGGGCUGCGGCCAAGGACGCAGCAGACACUGCAGCAGCAACAGCAGCAGCAGCAAAGGCAGCAGCAGCAGCAGAGGCCGGCAAGUGGAAGCACAAGGUGGUCCCAACUAAGGCGGGAAUGAAGGCUGAAAGGCAGCACGUUUUGUUCGACGAUGCAGCAGAAGCAGCAGCAGCAGCAGAAGCAGCAGCAGCAGCAGAAGCAGCAGCAGCAGCAGCAGCAACAGAUGAGGGCGCAGCCACGACCGCAGCAGCCCUCGCGGCGCUGCUGGAGGAGGACGAGCCGGACGACCUGGCGUGGCUGCAGCAGCAGCAGCAGCAGCAGCAGCAGCAGCAGGAGCAGCAGGAGCAGCAGCAGCAGCAGCAGCAGCAGCAGCAGCAGCAGCAGCAGCAGCAGCAGGAACUGGAGCGGCAGCUGCUGGAGGAACACGGGCGGCUCUUAAUUACCAACUUGCCCUACAGCAGCAGCGAAGAAGACGUGCGGUGUCUGUGCAGCGCAGCAGCAGCAGCAGCAGCAGGAGCAGCAGCAGGAGCAGCAGCAGCAGGAGAAGCAGCAGAAGUUAUUUUAAUGAAAGACAAAGAAAGCAAAAAGUCUUUAGGAAGAGCUUUGGUGACUUUUGUGUUUGCUGAAGCUGCUGCUGCUGCGCUGCAGCAGCUCAACGGCAUGGUUUACCGGGGGCGCAUCCUUGCUGCUGCUGCUGCGCAGCCGAAGCAGCAGCAGCAGCAGCAGCAGCAGCGCGGGGGCGAGAAAACCAGCUUCAAGAAGAAGCAGCAGCAGCAGCGGCAGCAGCAGCAGCAGCAGCAGCAGCCGCAAAAGGCCUGGAACCUGCUGUACGUGCUGCCGUCAGCAGCAGCAGACGCAGCAGGCGCUGCGCUCUCGGUCUCGAAGCGCGACUUGCUGCUGCAGCAGCAGCAGCAGCAGCAGCAGCAAACCACUCCUGCUGCUGCAGCAGCACUUGCGGAGGCCCACGUGCUGCAGCAAACCAAAGAAUGGAUCGAAAGAGAAGGCCUAAUUUCUGCUGCUUUCAUUCGCAGGGGCGCAGACCCCAUGACAGCAACGUACGACGCAGCAGCAGCAGCAGCAGCAGCAGCAGCGGGACCAGCAGCAGCAGCAGCAGCAGCAGCAGCAGACACCGAACGCAGCAAAGACACGCUGAUCGUGAAGCAGCUGCCUGCUGCUCGAGUCGAAGCAGCAGAACUUUUUAAUUUGUUUCGAAGACACGGAGAGAUUUUGCGUUUUUGUUUAUCUCCUUCCAAGACUUUGCUGGUGGUGCAGUUUGCUGCUGCUGCUGCUGCUGCUGCUGCGCUGCGCCGCCUCAGCUUCCGCAAGUAUAAAAAUGUCCCGCUGCUGAUUGAGACAGCUCCAGUUCCAGUUUUUAAAGAAGACAGAGAAAGGCGGGGAGAAGCUCAAGCAGAAGCUGCUGCUGCUCUUGCUUCUGCUGCUGCUGCUGCUGCUGCUGCUGCGGGAGACCCUUCUGCAGCAGCAGCAGCAGCAGCAGCGGCAGCAGCGGCAGACAGCGCCUUGCCGCAGAAGGACGCGGCCUCAGCCAAGGCUGCUGCGGCCGCCACUGCAGCAGCCACAGCGGCUGCAGCGCCAGCAGCAGCAGCAGCAGCAGCAGCAGCAGCAGCAGACGCAGAAGAAGAGGAAGCAGCAGCAGCAGCAACUGCCAGUUUGUUCGUUAAAAACCUAAACUUCAAAACAACGCAAGAGGCCCUUACAGAAGCAUUUGAACAUUCAAAAGGGUUCAUAAGGGCCCACUUAAUGACCAAGAGGGGCCCCCUUAGGGGGCCCCCGGGGGCCCCCCGGGGGCCCCCCGAGGUCUUAUCUAUGGGCUACGCGUUCGUGGAGUACGAGAGUGCAGCAGCAGCAGCAGCAGCAGCAAAGCAGCUGCAAGGCUUGGUGAUAGACGGGCAUUUGCUGCAGGUGUCUUUGGCGAAGCCCCGCGCCCGCAGCAGCAGCAGCAGCAGCAGCAGCAGCAGCAGCAGCAGCAGCAGCGGCGCGCGCAGCAGCAAAAUCGUCGUCAAAAACCUCGGCUUCGAGGCCAGCAGCAAAGACUUGAGAGACCUUUUUUCUCCCUUCGGAGAAAUUGUCUCAGUUCGCAUUCCAAGAAGUGCAGCAGGCAGCAGCAGAGGCUUCGGAUUCGUCACUUUUGCUGCUGCUGCUGCUGCUGCUGCUGCACUCCAAACCCUCAGCAGCACCCACUUGUACGGCAGAAGGCUAGUUCUCGAAUAUGCAGACACAGGGGUACAAACAACUCUCCACAGGGGGCCCCCCGGGGGGCCCCCAGGGGGGCCCCCAGGGGGGCCCCCAGCCAGGGGGGCCCCCAGCCAGGGGGGCCCCCAGCCUGGGGGCCCCCAAGAGGCUUCUAAAGAGGGGGGGAAAAAGGGUACUUUGAAGCAGAAAAAGGAAAAAAGAAAGCUAGAGGGGGCCCCCGUCAGCCUCAGCUCAAAGAAACGAAAAGAAACUGCUCUUUAG